AUGCAGCCUGGUGCGUGUAACACCAAACUUUCGAUUCAUUUCCGCACGGCCACCUACGAAGGAACGCAAUAUACGACGCUGCAGUGCAGUAUACGAUGUUUAUGCUCGGCGAAGUUUAAUCCUUUACACGGAGAGUACAGUUUCGAAACCAGGAGCAAACAAUUUGAACGAUAUUUGCAUGACGUUACCGGCGAACACGAAGACAAUAACAAUAUAAUAAUAUUACCUAUAACAGUGUCAACUGAUGAUGUAUUUGUUUAA